AGUCAAUUCCAUGGGCUCAAAGGCGGAGCUGGGAAAGCCCAUUCUGUUGGGGGAGUUGGGUUCCGCUGCCAUCAUAUGGCUCCAUGGCUUUGGUGACACUCCUUUGGGCUGGGCCUCGGCAUUGCAGACAUUCCGCACCUCCAUUGAUGAGAAGUGGCGCUGGGUCCACUUGUGUGCUCCAACCUUACCACAGCCUUGCUUCGGCAACAAGAAACUCCCCGCGUGGGGCCAAUUCAAAGCACUGGACUGCAUUCAUGUCGGCUCAGUUGACUAUGAAAACGAAGAUGGCUAUGCUGCAUCCGUGGCAGCUGUGAUGUCACAGCUGGAAGAAUUGGAGAAAACUUUGCCGGCGAACCGAAUCCUCCUUGGCGGGUUUUCUCAGGGCGCAGCGGUUGCCUUGGAAUGCGCCCUUUGCUAUCCCCGGGCCUUGGCCGGCUGCGUGGUUCUCUCUGGCUGGGCCACACCCACAGCGCGACGCCGCCUCAGCUCACCAAGCCCCGCGCCCAGCGCCUCUGCCGCGAGCUCGCCGCCUGCCACGAGCUUUUUGUUGUGUCACGGUGAAGCUGAUGACAUGGUGGGCCUCGAUUGUGCCGAAGCCGCCGCAGAGUCGCUUCAGAAAGCAGGGGCUCAGGUUCAGCUUCACAAGUAUCCGGGCUUGGAGCAUGGAUCCUGCCCGCAAUUGCUGAAAACAGUGGCAGACUUUAUGUGCAAACGUUUGGGAUGUCCGCUUCCGGAGGAUAUCACCUGGGAAGAGAGUGAUUCAGAAUCAGAUGGGGAAGACUUGAUUUAUGUGCCGAGGCGUCUACUUGACGGACUGUGCAACCAACUUGCCAACAACGCGUCUAUUGGCUCUUCAUCCAUUGCUGACCUGCUCAGCCCGUCAGGGUUGGGAGACAGCGAGAUUCUUGUACCUGCUGUAAUAGCCAAGCCAGAGCGGCUACUAGCCGUGGCGCCAGCUGAUGCUAUUCGCGAGCUCCAGCAAGCCAGAGAGGCUGCUCAGAAUCAACUGGGCAACGGCAUCCCUGGGUUGCGGGCAUCUAUGACGGUCAAGGAGUUUCGCGAGAUGCAAGUGCAAGGCGACAGCUGUGAGCAAGCCGAGGAGGAGGACAUGAGUGAUGAUGAGGAAGCCGAAGACUCCGAGUCGCCUGAGCCGGGUGAGUCCAGCGAGCCACCUGCAAAGCGGCCCAGAGAUAGCUGAAGCCGUGGACUCUUGCGAGGCGACCCCAUCAUCAGAGCGAGGAUUGGACAAAAUGAAAA